CAAGGUAAUUUUAAUAUUUCAUUCCCCAGAGUGUUGGACCCUGACAAGAGCCACCCGCAGCAUUCUCUCUCGCUCUGGAUUGUCUUUUGAGACCGGACCGGCACGGAAGAGAAAUUCCGGGUGCCUGUCAAUCUUGUUGUGGAAUCCGUCGCUAACCAGACCAAUGCAGCUCAAACAUAUAUAUACUUUGACCAGGUCCUCAUCUGCCUAGUCUUCUUUUUUUCGAUCCUUCUGUUCUGGCUUUGGAAUAUCUCUGGAUCAGCAUGGAGUUCUCUCCUAAAUACACGGAGAAUAUCAGGACGUUGGACUUGACUUCGCUCCAGGAUGUGUUUGAUGAAGUGCAGAGAGAUUAUCUCGAGAAAUCAAAGGCCGGCCAAAUAACCGGGCCUUGCUAUCACAGUCUCAAGUCGUUUUUGUUUGGUAUAUCCUCUUCUGACAUUACACACACAUAUAUAUUCCUUAUUCUAACAGAUGUGGUUCAAGAUCGAAAAGUCCCAUUCACAGACUGCUGUCCCAACACAGAGCACCUGAUCAUAGCCGGCGAGGUGAUGGACAGCCAAGCCACGAUGCUGACCUGUCUGCGCUCGCUCUGCCGUCUCAAACACCUCGAAUGCCGGAGCGCGAGCGUCGCGCUCGGCAGCUUCUCCGGCAUCGCCGCCCGAGCAAACUGUCCCAAGCUCAACCGGCUCACAAUCAACUGCAGCGGCGCGGUGUGCCAUGAAAACGUCCACAUUGCGAAUUUCCUCAAAUACCUCCGUCCGUCGUCGCUGAGCCAUAUCUCAAUCACCGGCAUCUGCCAGACUGAUUCGCUGCAAAAGAUCUUUGACGGCAUCAGCCACCACGCCUGCUCGCUCAAAUCACUCGAACUGUCAGGCGUCUCCCAGCGCAUCGUCGGCCUGCUUCCCUCGAUCGGCCUCUGCCCGAUCCUUCAAGACCUCAUCGUGACCACAUGCAGCAGCUCCACGCUCUCGUCCGAGCGCCAGGACAAGUUCAUGAACUGGCUGGCGUACUACAUGCCCGCGGUCGAGAACAUCAAGCUGCAAUGCUGCGACGCAGAGUACCUCACGCACAAGCUUCUCGCCUGCGCGAGCAACUCCGUCCACACCCUCGAGCUCGGCAUCACGCGGCAGAAAGCCGCGCCGGGGUAUUACCACGACCUGUUUUUCCGAGCGCUCGCGACGUCGGCGGAACUAAAAGAGGUCUCGAUAGUCGACUACUCCACCCCCUGGAUCAAGAGCACAAUCGCCCGCUUCUGCGACGCAAUCGCAUACCUCGACGGUCUGAAAAAGCUGAAUAUAGACGUCAUGGGUCUAUCCGAGUCCGACUGCAUCGCGAUCCUGCCGCAGCUGCCGUCGCUCGAAGACCUCAGCGCCCGCUCCAGCUUCUCCGACAACAUCCUGCGCGCGGCGUCCCGGCACGCAUAUCUCCAGCGCCUCAGCAGCACCGCGUAUCCGUCGUGCAUCUCCGCCGACAGUCUACAGCACCUCUUCGCCGUGCGCGACCAAGACGACGCACUACCCAUAACGAUCUGCUUCGAAGCCGGCACGCGCGUCGUCAGACAAGCCGCUGACUCGCUCUACACCUCCCAAACCACAGACUCGUGCACGUACUGGGACAAAGGCCCCUCGAGCGCCGUCGUCGCCCUGAGCGAGCACUCGCCCGACUACGCGCCCGAGCUCUGGUUCAACCGGCGCACGACAACAUCCUCGUACCCCGACCGCGCGCCGAGCCUCGACUCUGUGACCAGCAGCGACUCGGACGAUAGCGAGAGGUGGGCGAUGCCGCUUAGUCCGCUGGCGCUGCAGCCUGCGGUGUUUGGCAGCGGAGGGGGGAAAGCGGGGGGGAUGGUGUUUGUGAAUGAUGUGGAUUCGGAGGAUGAAGCGGCGGAGGGGGGUUUUGAGUACGAUAUGAUUGCAUAGGUUUUGGUGCUAAUAAUUUUUGUGUUGUGUUGUGUAUAAAUCUGUACUAUUUUUGUAACAGUAACUAAAAUAUCUAAACUAAUUAUUCAUACAAUUCUACUCCGUAGUCGUCUCCUCUGCGGCGCUUAAAUAAUUUCGGCGCUUCGUCUCGACAUCGAUAUUGAACGCAAUGAAAACUUCGAACCCUCGUGUGAUUACUCCUGGCAGUGCAUUAUAAAAAAUAGACAGUUAUACUUGGCGCAAUAUGGUCUAAUCCUUCUAUCUUUUGUCUCCCGAGUCCGAAAGUUGAAAAGUUACGUCAUCUUGAUCCCUGAUCUGAGUCGCGCUCCAGAGUCUCG